AUGUAUCCUGUGAGUCAGAAGGAAGGUGGCUAUGCAACUUCUCCACAUCCUCUGGUUUGUUGCCCUUCAGUUAUCUUCAGCAACUCGUGUCAGCAUGUUGGGUGCACUCUUCAGAAACUCUUACUACCAUCACUAUUGCAGCUCAAUUCCAAUACAGUUGUCGCCCUCUUCGCCACCACAUCUCACAGUCAGGCGAGGCAGUUUUUCCGGCGCCGUCGCCUCCGCCGCGUCGCGUGGCGUGGCCUCGCCGCCGCCGCCGCCGCCGCCGCCGCCGCCGCCGCCGCCGCCGCCGCUGCCAGCGCCGCCGCCGGCCAGCGCCGAGCGAGCCCGCCAGUUCGCGAGCGACGCCCGUAUGGCUUGUACUCGGCGUUCGCCGGCAGUUUCGUCUACAUCAUUUUCGGCUCUUGCAAAGAAGUUAAUAUCGGGCCGACAGCUUUACUUUCGCUGCUCACCGCCUCCUACACGCAAGGCACCCACCCCGACAUGGCCGUAUUGCUCUGCUUCCUGUCGGGCUGCGUGGAGCUACUAUGCGGUGUGUUUCAAUUAGGCUUCCUGGUGGACUUCGUGUCGGCGCCGGUGGUGGCGGGCUUCACGUCGGCCGCCGCGCUCAUCAUCGCCUGCUCGCAGCUCAAGGGGCUGCUGGGGCUCAGCUUCAGCGCGCACGGCUUCCUCGACACGUGGAUCCAGCUGGCGCGCCUCGCGCACCGCUUCCAAGUGGGCGACCUCGCGCUGGGCGCCUGCUGCAUCGUCACCCUGCUCUCGCUCAGGCAACUGAAGGACGUGAAGCUGCGGCGGUGCGCGGGCGGCGAGGCCGCGGGCGAGAGCGAAGGCGAGGGCGACGGCGACGGCGAGGGCAAGGCCAAGGCCAAGGCCAAGCGGCCGUGGGGCGAGCGCGCCCUGUGGUUCAUCUCGACAGCGCGCAAUGCGAUGGUGGUGGUGACGUGCGCCGCCAUCGCCUAUGCCCUCGAAGCCCAGGGCACGCUGCCCUUCAUGCUCGCAGGUCAUAUCGACGCCGGCCUGCCCGUCGUCUCCCCUCCGCCCUUUGAGACAUCUUGGAGCAACCGCACCUACACCUUCCCUGAGAUGGUGGCACGUCUGGGCUCCGGGGUUGCUGUGGUGCCUGUGGUUGCCAUCUUGGGAAACGUCGCCAUUGCUAAGGCUUUCGCGAGCGGCGCGCGCGUGGACGCGACGCAGGAGAUGGUGACGCUGGGACUGUGCAACGUAGCAGGCUCCUUCUUCCGCUCCAUGCCCGUGUGCGGCUCCUUUUCGCGCAGCGCCGUCAACAACGCCAGCGGCGUACGCACCCCGCUCGGCGGUCUCUACACAGAGCGCGACCUGGUGCCUGCGUUCGCCACCUUCCUGGCGUGCCUGUUCUUCGGCGUGGAGGUGGGCAUCGUCGUGGGCAUCGCGGCCGACCCGGAGGCGGGGGCGGGUGGAGGCGGGGGCGCGCGCAACGGGCUGCCGUCGUUGGAGGCGGCUCUCUCCUCCGCCGCCGCCCCCGCGCCCGCCACGGCCCUCGCGCCCUCGCCCGCGCCAGCGUCCGCGCCCUCGCCCGUCGCCCUGCCGCCGCUGGUGGUGAGCUGCGCGCACAUGCAGCGCGCAGACUUCACGGCGGCGCAGGGGCUGCGCGCGCUCGUGGCCGACCUGCGGCGCGCGGGGCGCAGCGUGGUGUUCGUGGGCGCCGGCGCCGAGAUCUUCGCAAAGACAAGAAGAACCCUCCUCCCAUGACAGAAGUUAGUCCGGACACCAACGGUGGAUCUCCAGUACACGAACGUGAUGAUCUUCAUGACACGCGAUUUUAAUCGCAAAGUAAUAUCUCGAAACAGAAAAGGGCAACCUUUUCUUCUCAGAAUGUUUUCGCAAGAAAAUAGAUCGUGACCUCCAUGAGGAAUCUGGCGACAUAGUGCACCUUUGAUUAUUCAUAAACUUUUUGUGAUACUAUGUGCUAUCUGUGGAUAUUUCUAGAACGAGUGUGCUUUAUCUUUUUGAAAGAUAGCCUUCACAUUUAAGUCUCCUUGACAUCGUUUCUCUCUAUUUUACUUUUUUGAGAGAAUUAGUUAGUGUUCCUCUGCAACUUUCAAGUUCCUAUUCUUCCACUCGAACGUGUGAGAAAUAUUUAUCGUGCCGUUAUUCUUGGUACUCUCAGAUUAAUAUAUUUUUUGCAUUUGUUCCUUGACAAGUAGCAUUAAUUCUGUUUGUAUAAGAUAUUGUUUUAAUGAUUUUAUCCAUCUGUACUAAGUUGAGAUUCAUUUAAAAUAUCAAUCCCCCUGAUUGGAGAUGAAAGUAUAUUUUUUUAAUCAUCUACAAUAAUAAAUAUUCUCGAAUAUAACAUAGUGAAUUUUGAUUAUAUAUAGAUACAGAAAUAAUGUCACACAAUUACAUUUCUACUCACAUGAUUUCAAUACAGAUUAAUAAAUAAGAUUAUUAACUUUUAGGAGGGGAAGCGGAUUGUAACCGAAGACACGGUGAAAUUAUGAUGAUUCACAUUACACCAACUAUUUAUUGAACAAUGAACACGAAAUUUACAAAUGACAAAAUUAUUAUGGCUGAAUGAAUUAUUGAGGCAAAUGAAAUGAAAAUUAACGUGGAUGAAAGCGAUUUACAUAAUGCGUCUCUUAUUAUGGUGAAUGAUAACUGUUCAAAUCCUUUUUUUAUUUUUUUUAUUAUUGUAAUUUUAUUUUUGGUAGCAUUGUUCAGUUUACAUAUUAACUGUGCAAAAUAUUUGAUGGUCUUAAUCUAUCUUAUACUAACUUACACUAACUUAAAAUUAUACAUUAUAAUUAUAAAAAAAAUAUACUGGGAGAAUAUGUUCAUUGUAUUCUACAGAAACUAAGGAUUCUAACAAUUCCAGUGCAACUGUUUCAUCCAUUUCUGAAGAGCAUAAUUCUAAUACUGGAAUGUUCAUUAGGCAAAGUAAAUUUACAUUAUAUACAUAUUAUUCGUCAAGAUAUGAUAUAAAAUG